UUAAAUUUUAUUUUUUGGGGGAAAUGUGAAAUUUUUCUUCUUCUUUAAAUAAACAAACACAGCGCAUCAAAAAUAAAAUAAAAGAAAAUAUCUGGAAUCGUCGUCUCUCGCCUCAAUUUCGAAAACAAACCCUAAAUCGUUCACACAAAGACAGGUAAAGAUCUCUCGAGAUGAAAGAUAACCAAACCCAAGUCGAUGCGAGGGGCACUGAUGAUAGAUUGAAAGUUAGAGGAGGAAAGAAACUAAAGGAUCCGAACAAGCCUAAGAAACCUCCAAGUGCUUUCUUCGUCUUCCUGGACGAAUUCAGACGGGAGUUUAAUUUAGCUAAUCCUGAUAACAAAUCCGUUGCCAAUGUUGGUAAAGCUGCUGGAAAGAAAUGGAAAUCUAUGACUGAAGAAGAUAAAGCACCUUUUGUAGCCAAAUCAAUCAGCAAAAAGAAUGAGUAUGCCAUCACUUUGCAACAGUAUAACAUGGAUCUGGCUAAUGGAACCAAGACAUCUGGAGAUGAAUCUGACAAGUCCAAGCCUGCUGUAGUCAACGAGGUGAAAGAAGGUGGAGGAAGUGAAGAGAAGGCUGGAGGUGCUACUGAUUAAGGAGCUGGAUCAGUGAUUUGUGUCUCAAGUACUUCUUUCUGUUGUGUUAUCAUGUAUUAGUAGCUAGUUUACUUUUAAGGGAGAAGAAUAUAGUUUACGUUGUUCCUAUAUUUUCCCCUUUCUGUUGUUGUUAACUGUGGGAUUAUAUUCACAUGUAACUUCCAACUUCUGUUCGGAAUGAUAACUUUGGAUUUAGCUUUGAGCUUUAUUUCUACAUUUUAUGACA